AUGUCCAAAGAACAUUCACUUUCGGAUACCGGGUCCACUAGGUCGAGGUCUACGUCGCUGUCUAGCUCAGAUGAUGGGUCCUUGUCGGGCCGGCCUUACAGACUGGGGACAUUGAGGACGCGAACGAGAUCAGGGUCCAGACACAGUACAGCACAGGUGGAACGAGUGCAUUCCGGAAGGCAUCUCGAUGAUCAUUCUGUCUACCACAGCGAUAAUGAGCUGGAUCUGGACUCACCGUCCGAUGACAGAGGGGAAAAGGACGAACCUGUCCUUGAAGUACGCGGGGGUGUGGUGAACGAGCGUGACCGUGAUCUGGAAGCUGGAGCCCAGGCUGCAGCAGGCUUGGAAAAGUCACGGACUGCACGGUCGGACAAAUCCAGAGCAGAUCCUAAACUGGUUACUUGGGAUGGCCCCGAUGAUCCGGAGAACCCCAAAAAUUGGCCAAUGAAGAAGAAGUGGGCGGCGGUGGUGACAGUAUCCUGCUUCACGUUCAUCUCGCCCGUGUCCUCUUCCAUGGUGGCACCAGCCCUUAGUUCGAUAUCUAAAGACUUCAACAUCACGGACGAGGUCAUCUCACAGCUCACCCUGUCCGUGUUUAUCCUGGCUUACGCUGUCGGGCCGCUCUUUCUCGGGCCGCUCUCCGAGAUCUACGGUCGAGUGAUUGUCCUACAGUUAGCCAAUCUACUAUAUCUUGUCUUCAACAUCGGCUGCGGCGUAUCACAGACCAAAGUACAAAUGAUCGUCUGUCGAUUCUUCGCCGGAUUAGGCGGUAGCGCUCCACUAGCAAUCGGUGGUGGCGUCCUCUCGGACUGCUUCAAGCCCGAACAGCGCGGCAAAAGCGUCGCUAUCUACAGUCUGGCACCUCUCCUCGGCCCAGCCGUCGGACCCAUCGCAGGCGGCUUCAUCGCCGAAAACACAACCUGGCGAUGGGUAUUCUACGCGACCUCCAUCGCCGACGGAUUGAUCCAAGUAGCCGGCCUCUUCUUCCUCCAAGAAACCUACGCCCCAAUCAUCCUCAAAAAGCGCGCCCAGAAACUCCGCAAAGAAACCAACGAUACCAACUACCAAACCGAAUUCGAGCGCCAAAACAAAACCUUCGGGCAGGUUAUGCGCGCCGCACUCAUUCGCCCCUUCCGCCUCCUCUCCACCCAACCCAUCGUCCAAGCCCUCGCCGCCUACAUGGCCUACAUCUACGGCACAAUGUACCUCGUGCUCUCGACCUUCCCCUCCCUCUGGACCAGCCCGGAAUACUACAACGAAUCCACCGGCAUCGGCGGCCUGAACUACAUCUCCCUCGGUCUGGGCUUCUGGCUCGGCUCUCAGAUCUGCGCCCCGCUAAACGAUCGUAUCUACCGUCGUCUGAAAGGUAAAAACAACGGCAUGGGGAAGCCCGAGUUCCGCGUCCCGCUGCUGUUCGUCGGCGCAUUUCUCAUCCCCUCGGGCCUGUUCAUCUACGGCUGGACAGCCCAGACACACUGCCACUGGAUCGCUCCGAACAUCGGUGCCUGCAUGUACGGAAUGGGCAAUAUCAUCUCCUUCCAAUGUCUGCAGACGUAUAUCGUCGACUCGUACACGCGGUUCGCCGCCAGCGCAUUAGCAGCAGUGGCGUGUAUGCGCUCGCUCGCGGGUUUCGGGUUCCCGUUAUUCGCACCGUAUAUGUAUCAAGCGCUGGACUAUGGGUGGGGGAAUAGCUUGUUGGCCUUUAUUGCAAUAGCGCUGGGGGUGCCGGCGCCGGUGUUUUUGUGGAAGUUUGGGGAGAAGUUACGGAAGAUGAGUACAUAUGCGGCUGGUUGA